UCCCACCCCACCCAAUCCCCACGAUCUCUUCCCCUAAUCUCCCCCGAUCCCACAUCUGCCUUCCCUCCCUGGCAUGCGCCGUCGCCCGCCCUGACCUCCAGUCAUGUCGCCGCCAGGCCCGACGCCCAACCGUGUCGCAGCAGAGGCCCGACCUCCCAUUGCGCCUCCAUGCCCGACCUCCCUACGUCGCCGCUCCCCGCUACCCCUAGCUCUCUGUGCCACCUCCCCCCGCUACCCCUAGCUCUCCGCGCCGCCGCCCUGGCCCUACCUCCGGCACCGACCUCCAGCGCCGCCGCCACCCCAACCUCUGGCGCCGCUGCCGCCCCAACAUCCGCGGCGCCAUCUCUCCCCCGCCCCAACCUCCGGCGUCCCCUCGCCCACCCCAAACUCCCUGCGCCACCACCACUGGCCCAACCUCUGGCGCCGCCGCUGCCCCUAACUCUGGCGCCAUCUAUCACACCCAAUUUCCAGCGCCCCAACUUCCGGCGCAAGCGUGCCCAGUCCAGCCCUGCAGCGUCAGGAAGGUCGAUUCCAUCAGCUGAAGAAGUUCAAACAGGUGCCAUCGAUCCAUCUGCAUCGAGGCCAUCCUGAUGCAACAGCUGUGUUCGAGGCCGGCUACCUCCUCAGCGUCGAGAUCUCCAUAGCAGGUCAUACUACGAAAAAGUAGUAGGCCAGACUGAAGAAAAAUAGCAGGUUGAGAGAUUCGCCCUCAUCCAGAGGGGAUGCAUGACACCGCAAAAUGGAGCAAGGUCCUCCUCAGCCUGGACAACCAUCUCCAUGCCGCAUCAUAUUCUAUCAAGCUGCAUGUUCAGAGUUCUCACUUCUCUGAACAAAUUCAGAUUUCUACAGCUACAUACACGACGCCGCCAUGACCUGCCGCACACCUGCGGUUGUGUCUAGCAACGUCACGGGAGUCAUGCUCACUAGCACGCGGAGGUGCUACUGCCUGUUAGUGCUGCAAGCACACAACAUAAGGCUAUGGGAAAAUUAGAAAACAACGAAGCUUCCCUGUUCUUUCUCCACGUGAGACCUUCCCUGGCUCCUCUCUCUGACCUUCCGCCGAGCCUUUCCAGCAGCCACGCUUGGCGGCUUACCUGACACCUACAGUACUAAUGCACGAUUUAUUUGGCUUAAAAAAUUGUUUUUGCGAAGGUCAAGAUGCUGUGUUGCAGAAGGUCAAGUGUGUAUUGUAUAUGUGUGUGUUUUUUUCAAAUGCAUACCUUCAUUUCAAAAUAGUAUGUUCAUUCUUUGAUGUGAGGAUGGUUCCCCGUGUAAAAGGAUUGCAAAAAGAAAUUUAUGUUUCCUUUAUAGUGUUGUGUUUUUUAUUGAAAGAAAAGAAAAGAGAAGUUCAGUUUCUAA